AUGAAGUUCUUCAUGACCGCCGUCUCCGCUGCCGCCGUCGCCUCUGCGACCGCUGUCUUCUCGGUCAGCGACUUCUCGGCCAGCUGCAUCCCUCACUCUUCUCAGUGCUCUUACUCCUUCGGUGUCCUCCAGCCCGGCACCAUGGAGACCACCCCCGUCCAGUGCUCCAAGAUGCUGACUGCCAGCGGCACCAGCAACCUGCCCGACGUCACCGACGGCACCUGCGAGAACUCCUCGCGCACCUGGACCGUCACCCGCAGCGACGCUGGCCUGGUCUUCACCGUCUCCCAGCAGGUCACUCCCUCCAGCUUCCAGACUGGUACCUACACCAUCCCUGCCGACCAGCUCGCCGUCGCUACCCAGCCCAACGCCCAGGUUGAGAGCUACACUGGCCCUACCAGCUUCGACCUCAACUAG